AUGCUGUGGCUGCUGCUGCUGCAGGUCUGGGUGAGCUGCCUCUGGCUGGGACAUGGCGAGGUGGUGAAGUCCUUUGCAAGUUGUCCUCAGUUCUUCUACGGUGACACCCCCCCAGAUGCAGCGAUGAAACCACAGAACCCAGCCUGGAUCUGCCAGACCUUAAACAACCAGCGUUUCUUUGCCACCUUGUACGACAAAGACAGGCGUAUUCCCAUGUACUCUGCUUACAAAUACGAGCCUAAAAAUUUCACUACAAACCACACAUGGACAGUUGAGCCCCAGCUGAUACGUUCAAAUUUGCCCAAAAGCAUGCAAACAGUGCAGACCCUUGAACGUCAAUACAACAUCACCAAAGCACAAAUCAUGCAAAGCCAGGCUGUCUACACAGACUAUAACAACAGUGGUUGGGAUCGUGGCCAUUUGAACCCCAAUGGCCACCACAACACCCAGGACAGCAGGAAUGCGACCUUCACCCUCACCAACAUAGUGCCCAUGAAUGAAAAACUCAACCGAGGUGCCUGGAAAAACUACGAGCAGCAAACGAUGGGCAAUAAAAGCAUAAACUGUCAAACCACCUACGUCAUUGUGGGGGCUGUGCCCGGGAACUCCUCCGUCCCCAAUGGGAGGGUUAAUGUACCCAGCCACAUCUGGUCUGGUGCCUGCUGCAAGACCAAGAACAACACUGUGAGUGCUUGGGCAGCCAUUGCCGAGAACAACCAGAAUCAGGUCAAUGAACUCACUCUUGGGGAGCUGGAGAAGAGGUUGGCCCAGCUGUAUGGAAUGCAAAAUGUUUCUCUCUUCCACAAGGACUGUCCCCGUAAAUAA